AUGCCACGUCAAGCGCAUGGCCGACCGGUCAGUCACAGCGGUCCCUCGAGACCUCCGAAGCGCAAGCCCGCAAAAGGUCGAGGCUUAAAUGCGCUUGAGAUUGCGGAGCAAGAAAAUCCAGAGACAACCAAGAUUCCCAAGCACCGCCUUGGUGAGUCCUAUGGUGAUGACGAUGAUGGAGACACGCGAUCCGACGCCGGCGAGCGCUCAUCGAAGCGUCGGAAGACCGAGACACAAGAUGAGGAGGAGAGUGAGAGCGGCUCCGAUCCUGACGGUGAGCGGUGGCACGUGAUGGAUGACGACGAUGAAGACAGCGACAUCGACAGUGACGAUGCGUUUGGCGAGAGUGACGAAGAUCGCUUUGCAGACUUCACGUUUCGGGGGAGCAUGGACGUUCUAGGCAAGAAGAAUAAGUCGAAACAGCCUGCACAGAAGAGAGGUUCGCGACAAGCAAACGUCGUUAGCGAUCUGGAGGAAGAGAGCGACAUCGAGGACGAUUUCGGCGACGAGGGUAUCGAUCUUGCAACUGCUCUAGAUCAAGCUAGUGACAACGAGUCAGAAGAGGAUCGGAAAGACACCUCCAAAGACCGAGUACGCAAGGAUGCUCGUCUUGAAGUCGAUAGUCAGUCUUCGAGCAGCGAGGACGAGUCAGAAGACCUGGACGAUAUGGAGUCCACAUUCUCGAUCUCGGAUGAGGAAGACGGAGAUCAUACCAGGCUUCAGACAUUCGUGGAGGGAUUGUCAGCGAAGAAAACCGAUCCAAAGCCCAGAGGCGAUGAUUCGGAGGCACCAAACUCGAAAAUCUCGGCGGCCGAUCUUCUCCAAUAUGUCAAAGACCCUCGACAGCGGCAGUCGCUGAAGGUCCUUCAAAACAGUGAGGCUAAAGGCCCGGAACUAUACAAGGGCGGCAUCCCUGGUCGCCUAGCGGCGCCGCUGGCAAAAAGACAGCAGGACAGACUCGAUCGAGGUGCUGCGUAUGACCAAAGCAAGAAGGAGCUCGAUAAGUGGGUUGAUACCGUGAAGCAAAAUCGCCGCGCAGAACACAUCUCUUUCCCGUUGCCUGACCCGGACGGGGCGCCCUCGAGUAACAAGAAGCUUGCACCAGUGGUCAAUUCUGAGCCGAUGAACGAGCUCGAGUCGAAGAUCCAGGACAUUAUGCGUGAAAGUGGGAUCUUGUCCGCCAAAGGCGACGCAAUGGAGAGAGAGGAGCAAGAGUUCGAGGAACUCGAGGAACAAAAGUUGCCACUCGAAGAGGUACAAGCCCGCAGGGCCGAACUCCGCAAAGCCCGAGACCUAAUGUUUCGAGAAGAAAUUCGGGCGAAGAGAAUUAAAAAGAUCAAGAGCAAAGCGUAUAGAAGGGUUCAUCGAAAGGAGCGAGACAAGGCUGCUAUGCAGCAGAGAGCCGAACUCUCUGCUCAAGGUCUUGUUGACUCGGAUGCUGAGCGAGAACACAACGACCGCCGCCGGGCCGAGGAGCGUAUGGGGGCACGGCACCGGGAGAGCAAAUGGGCCAAAGGUGCAAAAGCUGCUGGGCGCACCAUUUGGGAUGAGGAUGCUAGGGUAGGGGUGGCUGAUAUGGCUCGCCGUGAUGAUGAGCUACGGAGGCGGAUAGAAGGCAAGACAGCUGGUAGCUCGGACGAGUCUGAGCAAUCCGAUUCGGAGGGCUACAGCUCAGAUGAGGCAGAAGAGGACAUUCAACAGCGGCUCCGCGCGGUCAAUGCUCCGGAGUCUGGAGAGGUCAAGAGCAAGCUAGCCAACAUGGCUUUCAUGCAGCGAGCUGAAGCUUCACGGAAGGCCGCCAAUGAUGCCGAGGUCGAGACUCUUCGUCGACAGAUGCGUUCUACUGACGACCACAAUGGCUCAGACGCAGAGACAGAUGAUCAGUCGGACGUGCUUCCGUCGGGUCGACAGAAAUUUGGCGGCAACAGUGAGGCUGUUGUGCGUCCUGUACCACAACAGCAGCUCUCCAAACGAGAAUUCGAUGAGCGGCUAUCUGACGAAGAGGAAGAUCUUGCGGAAUUGGAUGGUCCAUUGCCUACUGCGUCAGCCGCGGGUCCUCCGAACGCCGCCAAAUCCAAGGCACAGCCUAUUCUUACUGCUGCGAAAAAGCAAAGUCGAACCGCACAGGACGUCGAGACCGGCCCACGAAUAGUAUCACAGAUCCAGUAUCAGAAGAGUCGUACGAGUGCGCCCGUCAACGAAGGCAAGUCGCAGAAGCACCGGUCCAAGGUUCUGCAGCUUGCAGACCAACUCAGCGAAUCUGAGAACGACGACGACGACCCGUUCGCAGAAGGUGAUGGUCAGGCGGAGACGCUGGCGGACACUAUCUUCAUGGGUCCAGACGAUGUCAGUCGGGAAUUCGCAAAGGAGAAGAAAGCCACGAUUGCAGAGGAGGGAGAUCAAGAAAUUGAUAAUGGCUUACCCGGUUGGGGUAGCUGGGGUGGUGCUGGUAUCAACAAGAAGAAGCAGAAGCAGAACAAGGGUCGCUUCGUGACGAAAGUCAAGGGCGUGGCGCCCGAGAGCCGCAAAGAUGCGAAACUCGACCGAGUCAUUAUCAACGAGAAGAGGAUCAAGAAGAACGGCAAGUACCUUGCGACCGAGCUGCCACACCCGUUCGAGUCUCGACAGCAGUAUGAGAGGGCGCUCAGGUUGCCCCUUGGCCCUGAAUGGUCAACCAAGAGCACUUUUCAAGACGCGACAAAGCCACGCGUGCUCGUCAAACAGGGUGUUAUCAAGCCUAUGGCGCGUCCGAUGGCAUGA